AUGACAAUCCCAACACGCCAACGAGCCGCCGUCCGUCAUGGCACAGGCGAAACUGCCACGACGACCAUCGAGACCAUUGACGUCCCGCAACCCGGGCCGGGCCAGAUCCUGGUAAAGAUCAACUGGACUGGACUCUGCGGUUCAGACAAGUCCCUCCUGCACGACGACUGGAAGGAUUUCGGUGUGGCCAUGCUCCCCCAGAGCCAAGGAAUCGCGGGACACGAAGGGGCGGGCGUUGUCGUCGCCGUUGGCGAGGGCAUGCAGAGGCGGUGGAAGGUCGGUGAUCGGGCGGGCAUUAAUAGUGGGUUUUCGGCGCCGGGGACGUUCCAGGAGUAUUGUCUUGUCGAUGGGAGGUAUACGUCCAAGAUUCCGGAUGGGGUUUCUGAUGAGGAAGCCGGUCCGAUUAUGUGUGGCGGUGUUACUGCGUAUACGGCUUGCAAGAGGUCUGCCGUCAAGUCCGGUCAAUGGCUUGUGCUCCCCGGCGCUGGAGGCGGACUGGGGCAUUUGGCUAUCCAGUAUGCACGCGCAAUGGGCAUGAGGGUCCUCGCCAUCGACGGCGGAGAUGAGAAGCGGGACCUUUGUGAGAAGCUCGGGGCCGAAGCAUACAUUGAUUUCCAGAAAUUCAAAGCUCCUGCGGACCUAAAGGAUGAGGUCAUGCGAAUCACGAAACACGGUGCACACGGCGUGGUCGUGACGGCUGCCACUAAGACCGUCUAUGAAUGGGCGCCCAUGUACCUCCGGCCCGGUGGCACAAUGGUGGUUGUUGGUCUACCUAAGGAUCCAUCCAUUCUAGCGGGCGCACCUCCGCUUGUUAUAGCUUUGAGACGAUUAAAUAUCGUCGGGAACAUCACCGGGAGUUUGAAAGAUGUAGAGGAGGCGCUUGAUUUUACGGCGCGAGGCAUCGUACAUCCAAUUCUGUCAAAGGGGAAGUUGGAAGACUUGGAUUCAUGGAUCGAGAAGCUGAAUGCUGGUCAGUUGGCUGGUCGUGCAGUAUUACAGGUGGCGGCAUAG